AUGGCGACGCCUUCGCCACCAAAACCGUGGGAGAGAGCCGGCGCAGCUGGCAACGCAUUAUCAACAGCAUCUAUCACCGGUAGCCCUGCUACCUCGACCGCGAUGACUACCACAGCGGCCACCCCCGCCUCAACGGCAUCCUCCGCUCCCGACCUUCCCUCCCGCCCUAGCGCCCUCAACUCUGUAGUCAACAACACCGCAACAAAUUACUCACCAUACGGAGCAUCCCGGCUUGGAACGGGCGCGUACGGCUCUACCUAUGGUGGCAUGGGCGGAAUGGGCGCUUACUCAUCACCCUAUUCCAGCUUCGGCACCAUGGGCGGGAUGGGCUCCAUGUACGGCGGGGGAUACGGAGGAGGCUAUGGAGGUGGCAUGUAUGGGGGGAUGGGUGGAAUGGGAGGUGGCAUGUACGGUGGCAUGGGUGGACUAGAUCCCAAUGAUCCGAACAGCUUGACGAAUUCGUUCGGACAGAGCACCCAGGCCACUUUCCACAUGAUUGAGAGUAUCGUUGGUGCGUUUGGAGGCUUUGCUCAAAUGCUCCAGAGCACUUACAUGGCCACACACAGUUCGUUCUUUGCAAUGGUAUCGGUCGCAGAACAAUUUGGAAACCUACGCACAACCCUCGGCUCAGCCCUGGGAAUCUUCACCCUCAUUCGGUGGUUCCGCACAUUGAUUGCCAAGCUCACCGGCCGUCCGCCACCGGCGGACGCAACGUCCCUGACCCCGGCUGCCUUUGCAGCAUUCAUGGGCAAAGGCGCAGGAGCAGCCACACUUCCCGAUGGCUCCCCUGCUCCUCCCAGGCCAUCCAAGAAGCCCUUCUUCAUGUUCCUGGUUGCCCUCUUCGGGUUGCCCUACCUGAUGGGCAAGCUCAUCCAGACCAUGGCCCGGAACCAGGAGGAAGAGGCCAAGCGCCGCCAGCAGCUCGUCGGACCCAACGGUGAGCCAGGCGCAGCCUUCGACCCGUCCAAGCUGGACUUCUGCCGUGUUCUUUACGACUAUACUCCUGAGACCCAGGAGGCUAACGGCAUUGAUCUCGCCGUGAAGAAGGGAGAUAUCGUUGCUGUCCUCAGCAAGUCUGACCCUAUGGGCAAUGCCUCUGAGUGGUGGCGCUGCCGUGCCCGCGAUGGCCGCGUCGGAUACCUCCCCGGUCCGUAUCUGGAGACUAUUCAGCGCCGACCUGGCCAGCAGGCUAUCACGGCCGGCAGCGAGCCUGGUACUCGCACCAGCACAAUGAAGGGUGAUUCUGUUGCCGAGGGCCGCACGCAGAGCCUGUCGUCCCUGAGCAAGCCCGAGCUUACGAGCAAGAUGGGUGAUAUCUCGCCUGAAAGCUUCCAGAAGAGCACCUUCUACUCAUGA